AUGGCUACAACUUCUGAAAAACUUCAGCAACAGUUCCCUGAUCUGAAAUGGAAGAAACUGCCGUCUCCAGAGGCGCACCCUAAUUAUACUUGGCACGGAUUUGAGCCCAACAGCAAACUCUUAUUGGAAAAAGGCCACACUCGUUGGGCUGGCACACUCCCAUUCCCUGUCGACACGAUUCUGGAAAGGGACGUGGCGGUGCCUAUGCGCGAUGGUAUCAAGAUUUACGCAGACAUCUUUCGCCCGGCAAACACAGACGGGGAUGAGAAAGUCCCUGCAGUCAUUGCGUUUAGCCCUUAUGGCAAGACGGGCACCGGAGUGCCCAACUACGACAUUAUGGGACCCCAUCGCAUUGGUCUCAAACUUGAAGAUACCUCUGGAUAUGAAAAGUUCGAGGGCCCUGAUCCUGCUACCUGGGCGCAAUUUGGAUAUGCCAUAAUCAACGUUGAUGCUCGAGGAGCAGGCAAGUCUGAAGGCAACGUGGUUUUCUACGGCCCCCAGGAAGCCGAAGACGUUUACGACAUCAUCGACUACAUUUCCAAGCAACCAUGGUGUAGCGGCUCAGUUGGAAUGGCCGGUAACUCGUGGCUAGCUAUCUCGCAAAUCAACUUUGCGUCGCGCCAUGAGCAUCCAGCACUCAAGGCAUUGGCCCCUUGGGAAGGCCGACACGAUGUGUAUCGUGAUACUCUUGGUAGAGGGGGGCGAAGACACAACCCCGGUCUGCAUAGGUUUCUCUUGUCUGGCUUUGCGGGUGCAAAUUCAGUGGAGAAUAUGCCAGAGAUGUUUGCUGAACGACCCUUGUUUGAUGAUUACUGGGAAAGCAAGUACAUACAUACAGAGAAUAUCAACGUCCCGAUCUACUUACUGGGUUCCUUUUCUUCUCAACUCCAUACUCGAGGGUCUUUCCACACAUUCCGCACAGCCAAGACAUCACAAAAGUGGCUUCGAGUCCAUCGAUAUCAAGAAUGGUAUGAUUUAUACCGACCAGAAGCAAAUGCAGAUCUCAAAAAGUUCUACGAUCGAUUCUUGAAAGGUAUCCAAAAUGGCUGGGAAGAGGAUACUCCUCCCGUUCGCUUAUCCCUGCUUGGAUUCGAAGCGGACGGCAGCCUCACAAAAUCUAUCGAAGAACGGCCUGAGAAGGAGUGGCCCUUGGCUCGACAACAGCUGAAGACAUUAUACCUUGACUCCGCGUCAAAGGAGCUUGUGUGGAAUAAACCAGCUUCGGAGGAUUCGAUCACGCAUCUUGCUGAAGGCUUAACAGAUAGCUCGAACUUUGUCAUCCAUUUUGAACAGCAUACGGAAAUAGCCGGAUACGCAAAAGUCAAGCUCUGGAUAUCAUGCGAGGAGCACGACGACCUCGAUGUUGCCGUUCAGAUCCGCAAGAUCUCAACCGAUGGCAGGCUUCUCGAGCAUCUCAACUAUCCUUGCCCUUUGCCGGUCUCUGAGGUUAGAAAUGACAACAUCGCAAAAUGUCUUGGCCCUCAAGGCUUCCUCCGUGCCUCACACCGAGUGACUAAAGACGAUAAGCUAUCAACAGCUCAAGAGGUGGUCUAUAAGCAUGAUAGGCGGGAGCCGAUUCCUUUGGGCGAAGUUGUGGUACUUGAAAUCACUCUAUGGCCGAUGGGUAUGGUGUUUGCACCGGGUGAAGGCAUCAUGCUGCGCGUGGCGGGAUAUGAUAUGUGUUAUCCGGACACGGACAGGAUCAAGCCGGCAUAUGACAAUAACGAGAAUGUUGGUCAUCAUACAAUUCACACGGGUGGUAAAUAUGACUCGCAAUUGAUCUUGCCAUUUAUCUAG